CCGAUGUCGAUAUCUGUACUCGUUGCUAAUAUUGCCACCGUGCAUGGAUUCUUGCUGAUUUCCUGUGAUCAUGAAUCGUGUCUGCUGGUAUAAAAAGGACUGCAAGUCCUCGCGCAUCCUGAAUCUUAAGUCAACUUCAAAUACUUAGCUAUUUCACCAGCCUUCAAAUCCGUUUUAACAGCAUCCAUACCAUCUGCAACCUUUUUUCCUCAACAAGACUUCCUAAUACCACGUCAACUAUGGCUUCAAAACCAAGCAUCGUUCUUGUCCAUGGACUCUGGAUGACCCCCCUUUGCUGGGAAGACUGGGUCACCCACUUCAAAGCUGCAGGCUACACUGUGCUCGCACCAGGCUGGCCCGGCAUCGACUCCCGCACACCCGAAGAGAUCCGCCGCGACCCUAGCGCACUCGCCGACCUCACCAUCCGUCAGAUCGUCGACCACUACGCCUCCAUCAUCGAAGCUCUUCCGACACCGCCUAUCAUUAUGGGCCAUUCCUUCGGCGGCCUCUUCACGCAGAUCCUGCUCUCGCGCGGCCUCGGCGCUGCGGGUGUGGGCAUUUGUCCAGGCCAGCCCUCUGGUGUGAUCGCCCUAAAGCCAUCGACUAUCAAAUCCGGCUUCGGCGUCCUGGGGCAUCCGUCGACGUACAAAGCCGCGGUACCUAUCACCGAAAGCCAGUUCCACUACGCGUUUGGGAACCACCUGAGCGAGGCGGAGUCGAAGGUUUUGUGGGAGAAGUACUCAAUCCCUUCAGCUGGGCACAUCUUGUGGCAGGGUUUGGAGGGUGCGUUCACUUCGACGGGUAAUACCAAGUCAGAUGGGCAUGUGGAUUUUGCGAAGAGGGAUAGGGUGCCGCUGUUGCUAAUUGGGGGUACCAAGGAUCAUGUCGUGCCGGUAGAGGUGGUAGAGGCAGAACUGAAGCAUUACAAAGGCCCCGCGGUAGUCGAGAUGAAGAUUUUUGAGGGGAGGAGUCAUGGAAUUGUAAACCAGGAUGGGUGGGAGGAGGUUGCUGAUUUCUCUCUGAAAUGGGUCGAGGAACGUAUUGCGAAGUGAUUUAACGUGACAGACUUUUUUGUUUUGCUACGUUCUUUUUGGUCUUUAAAGUCCAUAGUGUCCUAACUUGAUGUAAUGGUCUUUUUUUGUUUUCAAAUUUAUUAUUGGCUUUAAGUAUAUGUAUUCUAUCCGUUGCUCUGCGACCAGCUUUGCACUGGACAGUGCUGGGGCAGGAUUUUAGGAGGUGAAGGGUCAAAACCCAAAAAACCGAAAAACCAAAACACCAAAAAACCCAAACCACUUGAAAUUAGAC